AUGGUGGUUUUGGUGGUGCUUUCAUGGCUGUUUUUCUGGGUUGUUAUGGGGUGCUUAAGUUGUGUUGCUAUGUUAAAAUGGAAUGAAGUGAGAUAUAGGAAGAAGGGGCUGCCUCCUGGUACUAUGGGGUGGCCAUUGUUUGGUGAAACUUCUGAGUUCCUUACACUUGGCAUUGAUUUCUUGAAGAAUCAAAAAGCAAGGUAUGGCAGUUUGUUCAAGACUCACAUAUUGGGGUGCCCCACAAUUGUAUGCAUGGACCCUGAUCUCAACAAAUUCAUCUUCUUAAAUGAAGGCAAAGGCUUUGUUGCUGGUUACCCUCAAUCCAUGUUUGAUAUAUUAGGGGAAUGGAACAUUGCAGCUGUUCAUGGCCCCCUCCACAAAGCCAUGAGGGGGGUCAUGUUUCAACUGACAAACAAUAACAUGAUCAGAGACCAUCUUCUCCUUGAUAUAGACCAUUUCAUGAGAACCCAUCACUCCAAUUGGGCCAACAGUGUCCUAGACAUCCAAGAAAUGACGAAAAAGAUGGCUCUUUUGCUGGCAUUGAAGCAAGUGUUAGGGAUGCAGCCCGGUCAGAUGACGAAAGUUUUGGAACCAGAGUUCCAUAAGUUGAUAGAAGGCAUUAUCUCUCUACCCAUCAAUCUUCCAGGAACCAAUUAUCACAAGGGUUUUCAGGGGAGGCAGAGGAUUUUGAGUUUUUUGAGAAAAUUCGUAGAGGAUAGAAGGGCUUUUAAAGAGACCCACACUGAUAUGCUAGAUGCCCUUCUUAGAAAUGAGGAGGAUCCAUCAAAGUUCCAAAUAAGUGACGAUCAAAUAUUUGAUCUUCUGCUGGCCAUUCUUUAUGCUGGUUAUGAGACUGUCUCUACAACUUCCAUGAUGGCUGUCAAAUAUCUCUAUGAUCAUCCUAAAGCCCUUCAAAAACUCAGGGAAGAACACUCUGCAAUUAGAAAUGCAAAGGGGCCAGAUGAUCCUAUCACUUGGGACGAUUACAAAUCCAUGGAGUUUACUCAUGCCGUCAUCUAUGAAACAAUGAGACUAUCCACAAUUGUUAAUGGGGUGUUCAGAAAGACCACCCAAGACAUGGAGUUGAAUGGGUAUCUGAUUCCAAAAGGGUGGAAAAUAUAUGUAUACGUGAGAGAGAUCAAUUAUGAUCCACUUUUAUAUCCUGAUCCAUUCACCUUCAAUCCAUGGAGAUGGCUGGAGGAAAAUACAGAUUCCCAUCGUUAUUUCCUCCUAUUUGGAGGAGGAAUAAGACAAUGCCCGGGAAAAGAACUGGGCAAAGUGGAAAUUGCUGUGUUUCUUCACUAUUUUGUCACAAGAUACGGGUGGGAGGAAAUUGAUGGGAAUAAAAUACUCAAGUUUCCAAGAGUUGAAGCUCCAAAUGGGCUCAUAAUUAGAAUCUGGGAGCGUUGAUCCUCCUUUGUGUUACACAUCCAUUGGCAUAAUAACUAUUUCUUUACCUUAUUUUCUCCAUCUUUUUUCAAAUUUUUUUUGU